AUGGCCUUCGAGUUCGUCUACGCCUACGCAGCAGUCGCGCUGCACGAGGCCCUCGGGCUCCUGGAGGCGGCGUGCUCGUGGGUCAGGUCGGCGUGGCAGAGGUGGCAGGAGCGCGGCCCGGCGUCGGUGAAGCGCGUGGUGAAGAAGAGAUUCUUCCCGGUGCUUGUGGCGGUGGCGCUGUCCCUGCUUCUUGUUCUUCCGGCCUACUGGGCGAUUCCGCGCGGCGGCGGCGGUAACGACGACGGUCCGGAGAGGCUUUCCGCCCGUCAGUGGCAGGCUGAGUACGAUCUGCUGAGCAGCAAGUUCAGCGCCGAUACCGUGCGUCAGCGCCUGAAGUACGACAGCCUCGCGGGGAGGCACUUGGAGCUGCAGGCCGAGUACGAAUCCCUCCUGAAGGACUACAAGAUUCAACAAAGGGCCAAUCGGGCUCGUAGCUUGCCGAAGACCCCCCCAGAGACCUGCAGCAAGUCGGAGUCGGUCCUGGGUCCCGCGAAAGAAGCCCUCAAGCUUGCGGAACAGUCUGCGUACGAGUACUUGAGCCACUUCGCCGAGGGCCUUCGCGAAGACGUCCAUGAGGUACGAUACGAACCAAAAAGAAAAAAACGGCAACCUUCGAUUCGUCGAUGGAUGCCUUUUCUCCAGUCGUGGGUACUCUGUCGCUUGACAUGGAUCUCUAAGGACAAGAGAUUAUUGCACGUUGUGGUUUGCGAGGCGGCAGUGUAGGCACUUCGAUUUCUGCCUCCUGACUAGGUUUGCUGUUGAGAAGCGGUCAAGAUCGUUGGUCUCCUGCUUCGGCUUUGAUUCUUGUACAAUUUUUACCCCAUAUGUCCCCCACCCA